AUGAGGUUCUCUCGGCUUCUUUCCGCCCUCGUGGCUGCAAGUGUUGCUGUUUCCCUACCAACAGAACCCAGCCCUCGCUCAUCCCUCCUCCAAAAAGUAGAUCCAAGUCUAGUUGGAUAUCUUGGAGUGUUUUUUCUUGGAGACGAACCAAAUCUCUACUUUUACUUGAGUAAUGGUAAUGAUGCACUUUCCUUCAAGCCUUUGAAUGGUGGAAAAGCGAUUGCCAAGCCGACUUUGGGAACUGGAGGAGUGAGAGACCCAAGCAUCGUUAAUGGAGCUGGAGAUGAGGCAGGAAAGAAGUGGUAUAUUGUUGGGACUGAUUUGGAUAUUGCAAAGGUAUGUCGAAUGCACGAGAAUAAAUCUACGAUCUCUAGACAUAAUUUGAAACACGAUUCUAAUUUGCAGCUACUGUAGACUACUUGGGAUGCAUCUCAAAGAACGGGAUCACUAUGCAUUUACGUUUGGGAAAGUACCGAUUUGAUCAACUGGGGUAAGGAGACACUUGUAAAGGUCGAAAAUGACGAUGCUGGAAUGGUUUGGGCCCCUGAUGCCAUCUGGGAUCCCGAGAAACAAAUGUACUUGGUGCAUUGGUCCUCGAAAUUUGUGAAUUCCUCCAUGGCCUGUAGUUUAUUUCCGCACUAACAAUGUUUAACAGUACUCGAGCUCAGACACCGACCACAGUGGUGCACCAGGACCAAGUAUGAUCCGCUACGCCUACACCUCAGACUUCAAAAACUUCACCAAGCCAAAGACCCUCGUCAACCCUUCCACCUCAAUCAUUGAUCUCGCAUUGCUCCACUUGGGCGAAAGUUCCUUUGCUCGCUUCAUCAAAAACGAAACAGCAACCAAUGUCUACAUGGAACUUUCAGACGACGGCCUGUUCGGUACAUGGACUCGUACCGGAGGUUCAGGUAGCAUCGUCCAAAGUGGUGUUGAGGGACCAUACGCAUACGCGGAUAAUCAAGUACCCGGAAAAGCGAUUUUACUAUUGGACUAUUACGGUAGUGACGGGUAUAGACCUUUCACGAACACGGAUUUGAACGCAAAUACCUGGGAAGGUGCCAAUAGGGCUGAGUUUCCGAAGAAUUUAAGACAUGGGAGCGUGAUUGGGAUUACGGCAGAUAGAUGGUCUGCUUUGGAUUCCAAGUGGGGGGAUGGUCAGUUCAAAUUAUGAACGUGUGAUGAAUUUCAAUUUUAAGAUACCAUUUAGUUUAGCGACAUGCGUAUUACUGUAUAUAGAAAACAAGAACAUUUCGG